AUGGCGUCGAAUUUGAAGAUUGCGCUGGUUCAGCUGUAUUCCAAGCCGCUCGACGUAGCUGGCAACUUUGCUCGCGCAGAGUCAUACAUCCGCAAAGCCGCCUCACAGGGCGCGAACCUGGUGGUCCUUCCUGAGUACCAUCUCGGCUCAUGGAAGCCCGACUCCAAGAUCCUCCUCGCCACGGCCAAGGAGCAGACGCCAUAUCUUGCACGGUAUCAGGCCAUUGCCAAGGAGCUCGGCAUCGCCAUUGCCCCGGGCACGAUCCUGGAGCCCAUACCUGCGGAGGAAGGCAACGCCUCCAUGACUGAAGGAAUUGCGAAUGCGGCGUACUUUAUUGGCCCGGACGGCGCCGUCCUGGGACGCUACCAGAAGAAGAACUUGUGGCACCCCGAGAGAGACCACCUGACGGCCGAUGGAUUGACGCCGCACAGGGCGUUUGAUACUCCCUGGGGUCGUGUCGGACUCAUCAUCUGCUGGGACUUGGCCUUCCCCGAGGCAUGCCGUGCGCUGGUUGCCGACGGGGCCAAGUUCGUCGUGUGCCCUACCUUUUGGCUCAACAGCGACGGAGGCGAUAUCGGUGCCGAGGUGAACCCGGAAUGCGAGCGCCUGUUCUUGGAGAACGUGGCCGUGGCCCGAGCAUUCGAGAACACGUGCGGCUUUGUGUUCUGCAACACGGGCGCACCGUUGGGAAGCGGAACGAGUGGCAAGGACGAAGAGGGCACAGAGUUUAUUGGCCUGACACAGGUGGCGAUGCCGCUGCAGGGAGCCCUUGGCAAGCUUGGAGUUGAGGAGGCGAUGACUGUGGUGGACGUUGAUCUGAAGGUCCUGGACAUUGCAGAGGAGGUGUACAAGGUGAGGGCGGAUAUCGCCAUAGAGGGAUGGCACUAUGGACAUACUCUGCAGCGCAGAGAGUGA